AUGAGCUGGCUACAGACACAUAAAGUCUCUAUUCCGUUUCAUCAAACCCGUGACGGCAAGUACGUUUUUGCCAUCCAAUUACAAAAGCGUUCACGGCAAGACAUUAUGAGUGCAUGCUCUCGACAGGUUCUUCAGGGUAAAAAUCGUCAAAACUACGGAAAUAAAAAUGGGGUAGACAGCGCGUCAGGAGGCCAGAUUACAGCUAUGCGGUCAUAUUCACAGUUCCGGAAGCUUUGGAAAGUCCUGACCUUUGCCACGAAAAAGCAUUCAGCCGCAUUGCUGUCAUACUCCAAUAGUACCGGACCAACCCGCGUAGAGCACCCAUUAAUCUGCCACUGCCAAAACUGGGGCUGUGCUUUUCGUAGCUUUCAUUGCUGUCUGAAAAGCUACUCGUUUCCGUCAAAAUUCCUAAUUAAGAGCCGUACAACCUCCGCGCUUGAAACUCGACGCCAAGGACUGGAGCUAUUUGUCAUGACUGUGCAAGAUCUCUUUAAUGCAUUCCCUCGUACGUUACUUCAAAGUACCGAUGCGUUGAAAAGUUGCAAGGUGCUGAUGGCUUUGGGCAUUUUCUUUGGAUUUAGUGAAAAAAAUCACGCCAACUUGGCGCUACUAACCAGACUGCAGCUUUCGCCUGCCCAGACGAACUUUGGAAAAAGACAAUGUAUUAGAUCUGACAGUGCGGUGAGCGCCAUUACAUGUAAUAGCAACAGUCGGAGUGGCGUUGAUAGCUGCAUUGCAUUGAACAUCAAUGAUGACAAGGACAGUUGUAGCAAAAUAAAAACGUCAUCAGCAGAAGAGGAGUCCAUGGAUGCCGGCGUUGCAUACUAUCUAAGGGACAUGGAGUUACAUUUCACAAACCAUAAAAACAUCGAUUCCGAGCUCAUCCAACGAGAGUUUCAGGGAUUCUCAGUGUUACCGAAUGACAUGUGUAGCAACGACAAUAUUUCGUCGAUACAUCAUACGUCUACCAAGUACUUGACCUCCCCUCAUCGCGGCAGUAUCUCUAUGGAAUCUAGUAGUCAUUGGAUCCGAUGCAGCCGCAGCUCUGACGCUAGACUUCAUACUACUUUCUUGGUACGAAAUCCUGCCGUAGCAACGCGUAGUUGUGCAGCUACUUUCAAUACAAAGGCGUCGCGAACAUUGUUGCCUGGUCUACCCCAUUUAUUGCGUACAAGCGAGAAGACAUCGACCCGCUCGUUUCUUGAAGUGUUCAAAGACCAUCUUAUGAUGGACCCGCGGGCCCUUGGAAGCUCCGCUCAACCGAUUGGAGAUUGGAACGAGGAUCGCCAGUGGGAGCUUGCGCUGUAUGUGGCGAGUCAAAUUGGCCAUGUGUACGCGGUGGAAUCCAUUUUGUACCGUGGACCAGACCCAAACGCGGUGAUGGAAGAUGGAUUGUCGAGUUUACAAGUAGCGUGUCGUGGCGGUCAUCGGAGUAUUGUGGCAAUGCUGCUAACUAAUGGAGCCGACACAAACAUCACAGACUCUAACGGCGUGUCGCCCUUGCUUUCUGCCGUGCAGUUGGGAGACCAUGAGAUCGUGGGAAUGCUGGUCGAACACGGAGCAAACGUUAAUCUGUGCAACGCCAACAGUGUGUCUCCUGUGCACGUGGCUGUUGCAUACCAGACGCUACCCAUACUGCGGCUAUUGCUUAAGCACGAUGCUUUCGUUAACACAAAAAACAACUUUGACGGCAAGACACCAUUGCAUCAAGCAGCUCAAUCUGGCAGUUUGCCGAUGUGCAAACUACUGUUAAAUCACGGAGCUAGCAUUCAUUACCAAACUGCACGUGGACUCAACGUUGUAGAUGUGGCCAAAUCGCAUGGUCACGAGAACAUCGCAAGAUAUUGCCUUAACUUUGAGAGCAACCAAAAAGUUAUGCAGCAUGAAAGGUUUUUGAUGACAAACAACACUGCAAGUGCCUCGACAUUGGAGUGCUCACAUGAAGUUAGAAUUGUUUCUGAAGACGGAUGCGCGUAUGCUAUUCUGUGA